AUGCGCCUUUUGAUGGUUGGAUUGGAUGCUGCUGGCAAGACGACCAUUCUGUAUAAACUGAAGUUAGGGGAGAUAGUCACCACCAUUCCUACCAUUGGUUUUAAUGUGGAAACAGUAGAAUAUAAGAACAUUUGUUUCACAGUAUGGGAUGUUCGUGGACAAGGUAAAAUUAGGCCUCUCUGGAGGCAUUACUUCCAAAAUACCCAGGGUCUUAUUUUUAUGGUAGAUAGUAAUGAUCGUGAAAGAAUUCAGGAAGGAGCUGAAGAGCUGCAGAAAAUGCUUCAGGAAGAUGAGUUGCGAGAUGCAGUGUUGCUGCUUUUUGCGAACAAACAGGAUUUGCAAAAUGCUGUGGCCAUCAGUGAAAUGACAGAUAAAUUAGGUCUUCAGUCUCUUCGUAACAAAACAUGGUAUUUUCAAGCCACUUGUGCUACACAAGGAACUGGUCUGUAUGAGGGACUUGACUGA